GAUGUUGUUGCACAUCACCUCACAUAACGUAAACAAAACACAAGGGUUUGAAGCCACCCCACCCCACCAUCACCAUCACAAUAGCAGAUGCAAAAUUGCAAAUCAAACAAAUAAAAUCAAGAUUUAUUAUUAAUGGCGUCGUCUUCGUUCAAUUGGGUCUCUGUUCUUAGAAUCACUCUCCUCAUUUUCCUCAUCGCCGGUAUCACUGUCGCCUGUUAUACUUUCCCCGUUGAAAAGGCUUUGAAGGCUUUCUUGUUAUGGGUGGAAGAAGAUCUUGGUCCUUGGGGUCCUUUUGUAUUGGCUUUUGCGUAUGUUCCUCUUACAGUUCUUGCAGUUCCUGCAUCCGUACUUACUCUCGGUGGUGGUUAUCUGUUUGGUUUGGCUACGGGUUUUCUUGCUGAUUCUACCGGUGCUGUCCUCGGUGCUACUGCAGCAUUCCUUCUUGGCAGAACAAUUGGGAGACCGUAUGUCAUUGCUAAGCUGGGUGAUUAUCCACAGUUUCGAGCAAUAGCAAUUGCUAUUGAAAAAUCCGGAUUUAAGAUCGUGCUGCUGCUUCGGCUUGUCCCGUUACUUCCAUUUAACAUGAUGAAUUACCUUUUGUCUGUAACGCCAAUUUCCAUAUGCGAGUAUGUGAUGGCUUCAUGGUUGGGAAUGAUGCCAAUUACCUUUGCGCUUGUAUAUUGUGGAACAACUUUGAAGAACCUAUCUGAUGUUACUCAUGGUUGGGGUCCCUUCUCAAAAACUCGUUGGGCAUUUGUUAUUCUAAGCUGUAUGGUGUCAUUGAUCCUAAUGCUGAUUGUUACCAAAGUUGCCAAGUCAGCGCUCGAGAAAGCUUUGGCUGAAGGCGUUGAUAUAGUUGGCAGUGGCGCUGAGAGCUCGUCUGCUGUGGAGGAAGCUCGGGUAGAUAUCCAUGACCCGCUACUCGUCAAAGGUUGAUUCUUUAUUUCAAACAAUAAAUCGCAGAGAAUUUUAUGUUUUUCUUAAUAUAUUUUUUAUUAAGUUAUGUAUAUAGUUGAAUUUCCUUAGGCAAAAUGUUGUCAUCUUCCCAUUUUACUAGUAACUUUUUAGCUCCAACAAUAAUCAAUAUUACAAGCAUUAUUUUUGUU